AUGCGUGGGUCUUUCGUUCUUUCUCUGUUUUCCCUGGCGCUGGGCGCUUCUGCUGUCAUUUCCAAGUCCAAGUUGACUACUUAUGUCGAUGUGCUGGCACUCGAUAAUACUUUCAACCCUGUCAAGGAGGCCUACUGGACUGGCUAUCCUCAUCAUCGCCGUACCCCCUUUGCGGUGUCACCGGAUGGCAAGUCAGCUUAUGUUGCCUAUCUCGACUCCAGUGAGACCGAUGUUCAUGUGCAGGAGUUGAACCCCAAGACGUUUAAGGCGACUGGAACGACGGUGACCGUCUCCGGCGGCAAGGAAGCUGGCGGCCUUGUGGCUCACAACGAUGGCUUUGCCAUCCUGGUCAACGAAGCGAUGCCGUCGGACACCACCAACGCACCCCCGAGCGACACCCCAGUCGCCGUACUGUACCGCUACACCUCUGGAAAGCAGACCUGGAAGACCUGGCUCGGUGGUCCGGGAGUCCACGACUCCGAGGGACGUGCUGCUUCCCCAGAUAUGAAUGGUGAUCUCGUCUACUCCGAGGACGCAGGCCUCUACGGCGCGUACUUCGUCGUCACCGAUUACUCCGGCGAUGCCUCGGGCCACUACGGCGAUAGCAUCGAGUAUGUCUCCGAGAACGGAACUCUGGUCACCAUUGAAGGCGCGUCCAGCUCGUGGGGGUGCAGCCACAACACGGGCAUUGCGUUCGAAGCCGCCGACGCCGCCCCCUUCACCAGUAUUUGUGCCGAAGACCAGGGCGCUAUUUGGCUCAACACCAAAACCCAGGGCAUGACCAAUGACGGCGUCAAGAUCUCGAACGAGAACACCACCAACGGUGCUUCCGGCGAGCCUAUGGGCGGUAUGUCGGGUAGUUACAGCGCACUGGCUCGCUUCGCCGAGACGAGCCGAUACAUCUUUGCGUGGGUGUCCCGCGGUGCGAUUGACGUGACCGAGAACACCUGGAUGGGCGAUGGAUACACAAAUGUACAGAAUCGGACCAACGGUCGCAACGUUGCCUUCUCCCUGUUCUCGGACAAGUACACCAAGGUCGGAGCCCAGGCGACUUCGAAGGUAGGUGCUGGGGAUGGAGAUAGCCAGGUUAACUGGGUGACUUCUGGAUCGAAUGACUGCUCGAAUGCCCACGCCGCGACUUUCGGUCCUGUCAAUGCGCUCGUCACCUGGGAGGAGAUCUCGGACCCCAUCUGUGAUUAUAUUGCGAUGGGAUGCCGUGGUCAAUUUGCUGGUACUUAUUUCCAGCAGAUUAACAAGAAGGGUGAGUUGGUUGGUGAUUCGUUCAAGAGUACUGAUGUCUAUGUUGCGGGUGACAUGGUAACUUUUGACGAGGGUCUUGCUGCGGCUCGUAUCUGUUGGCCGUAUGUUAGCAUGGACUGGGAUCUUUCGCAGGCUGUUGGUUAUGGUGGUUCUACGACCACCACCAAGAAGCUGAGCUUCGCUUGUCUGACCCGCUAG